AUGCCACCACGCAAGACCAAAUCUGACGCCAAAUCUGUUUAUUCGGAUGAAAUGAUAGAUAAAUCUACACGACGGCGCCAGCCAGCCCGCAGGGCCACGGGAAAAAAGAGUCCCUACUUCGAAAGCUCAUCGCCUGAGCCGCAGGAGUCCGCGAACGCGAAACCGAAAAAGAGAGAUAGAAGCCCAAUUGAUACGGCUUCCUCACCAGGUUCUACCAAAAAAAUGAAAAGGCCAGAAGAGGUUUUUAUACCUAUGAGACAAGCUAGCCCUGGGGACAUCGAGUACCAUGCACAUAAGAUUCAUCCCAAUACUUUGGAUUUUUUGAAGGCUCUAGCAAAGAACAAUGAUCGCGCAUGGUUUAACGAAAAUAGCGGCCUGUUCAAGGGCGCCAAAUCCGAUUUCGAAUCGUUUAUUGAAAUUUUGAGCAAGUCAAUUAUUGCUGAAGUGGAUGAUACAAUUCCGGAACUACCACUAAAAGAUUUGAUCUUUCGGAUCCAUAGAGAUAUCCGAUUCAGUAACGAUCGAACGCCUUACAAGACCCAUUUCUCUGCUGCAUGGUCGCGGACGGGCAAAAAGGGCCCUUACGCAUGCUAUUUCUUGUCAUUACAGCCCGGAAACUCAUUCGUAGGAGGUGGUCUCUAUCACACUGAAGCCCAACCGCUCAACUUACUACGACGUAACGUUGAUAAAAAUCCUCGACAGAUUAAGAGCAUACUUGCUGGGGGGGAGUUGGCCAAAGAGUUUUUUGGUGUCCAAGCGGGUGGUAACAAGCAAAAAGCCGUCCAAGCGUUUGUGGAGCGAAAUAAGGAGGACGCCUUGAAAACCGCACCAAAGAAUUACCCGAAGGAUCAUAAAGAGAUUGAAUUGCUGAGACUUAGGAGCUAUACGCUUGGGAAACGGUUAAGCGACGAAGAAGUUACUGGAGAUGAUGUUGUUCAGAGAAUAACCAGAAUUUUCAAAAACAUGGAGCCCUUCAUCAGUUAUCUCAACAGCGUCGUCAUGCCGGACAUUAAUGCGGAAUCUUCGAAUGGGGAAGAUGCUGUUGCUAGCGGGGAAGAGGAUAGUGGUGGUAACUAG